UAGAUACUGUUUGGCCUGGCACUUCUCUAUUUGCAGUGGGGGAUGAUUGUUUAGAGCGCACACAACUUUUUCAAUUUUUCUGACAGUAGGUAGACAGGAAGGGGGCAGAAAGAAGGGGCUGAAGACAUGCGGCAAAGGUACCAAGGUCGGGAAUGUAACUCAGGAGAACUCAGGAGAACCGCAAUAAGGACUGUGGCCUUGGCAUACGGGGCGUUAGCUCUACCCACCACGCCACACGUCACCUUACAAAAUGGAAUUUUAGAACCAGUUAGAGUGGUAGAAGCAUGGGGCAUUUUCUAAGUUUUUAUUUUUUAUUUUUUAGAUUUUUUAAGAGUGUCUUCAAUAUUUGUGUUGGGGUAUAAGAAGGAACAGGAUGGAAACACCCUCACACAGCCCUGUUUUCGCUGAACCCCCAGAGACCCUCUGACAUGGCUGACCUCCUCUGGAAGAGUUGUGGUCAUGACCAGAGGGAUCUCCCUGCUUAUUAUGACACAAGUUUUUAUGGUAAUGGGAUGUGAAGUCUGCAUGGCGGUGAUAGCACCGCAGGAACAGGAUAGCCUAUUACCCACCGCUGUGUGCUGGUAGUAAUGGUAAGACAGAGGUACAUCCUAUCAGUUAUGGUUAUGAUGCAUUUUGAAUGGGGCACUACCUUUAUAUAUCAGUGGAUGAUAACAGGAGGAAAGAGCAUCCUGGCGGAGACGGGCAUGGCCGUAACGCUGAGAGGAAACAGUCAGAAUACCGUACACAGCAUGCCAAAGUGGGUUUAUGGUGAUAAAUAGAGGGGAGUGGCGGGCUUUUUCCUCUCUCUGCUACAGUAGCGGAGGGCCAGCCCGUGUGUUCAAAGAGACUGAAUGCCCAGGGAGAGCAAGACAAUGAAGAGCGCGUGUGUACAUGUGCGUACGACAAACAAGAGCUACUCGGCAGAAGGGGAGCCUUUAGUUAGCUGUCUGCUUGGCGCUCCGCCGCCCCUCUGAUGUAUGUUUAUGGCCCAUCAUCUCUAGCCAAUUACCCUGCCCCGGCGUAGGGAGCGCAGCGCCUCCUCGUCAGAGCCGUCAGUGUCUGAGCGGGAAUACAGACGGUGACAGUUAACGUUUCUGGACAUCCUUGGCACGGCGCUGUUCUCCUCUGGGCGGGGGGCUCUGGAGAUUCAUCCUAAACAGUACAGCAGAAGCAGACGUGUUCAUGUGUCCCGUCCAUGCCACCCGACGCAGUCUCUCAUACAAACGCAUCUGAACUUCUCAAGGAAGCUUGGAAAUUGCUCAGAAAACGAGCCAAAAGGUGGAGCCGGCGCCGACACGUCUGACUUAAUGCAGAAUGACAACAAAAUCCGGCGUGGAGAUCCCAUCAGCAGUGUGAGAAUGAGGCUGGUGUGGAAAUCCCUGGACAAGAUGAGGUGUCUGAGGAAACGCUCCACCAUCCCCUUCCUCGGCUUCCUCAUCACCUUCCUCCUCUUCUUGAACCUCUACAUCGAGGACGGCUACGUGCUGGAAGGAGAUAAAAGGCAGCUCAGGGAAGCGUCGGUCCAUCCUCCCAGCUCGGAGCGAUACGCUCACACCUUCAGAGACCUCAGUAACUUCUCUGGAACCAUUAACGUCACAUACCGCUAUCUCGCCGGCACGCCUCUGAACCGCAAGAAGUUUCUGACCAUUGGAUUGUCAUCGGUCAAGAGGAAAAGGGGAAACUACCUCCUGGAGACGAUCAAGUCCAUCUUUGACCAGUCCAGCUACGAGGAGCUGAAAGAGAUUGUGGUUGUGGUCCACCUGGCGGAUUUUGACCUGGUCUGGUGUGAGAAUGUGGUGCAGGAGAUCACCAGGAAGUUCGCUCACCACAUCAUAGCUGGCCGCCUCCUGGUCAUCCAGGCCCCAGAGGAGUUCUACCCUUCUCUGGACGGCUUGAAGAGGAACUACAACGACCCGGAGGACAGAGUCCGUUUCCGCUCCAAGCAGAACGUCGACUACGCUUUCCUCCUGAACUUCUGCACGAACCUGUCGCACUUCUACAUGAUGCUGGAGGACGACGUGCGCUGCUCCCGGAACUUCCUGACGGCGCUGAAGAAGGUGAUAACCUCCAGAGAAGGCUCCUACUGGGUGAUGAUGGAGUUCUCCAAGCUGGGCUACAUCGGGAAGCUGUACCACUCCAGAGACCUGCCCCGCCUGGCUCACUUCCUCCUCAUGUUCUACCAGGAAAUGCCUUGCGACUGGCUCCUCAUCCACUUCCGGGGCCUGCUGGCUCAAAAGGACGUGAUCCGAUUCAAGCCCUCGCUGUUCCAGCACAUGGGCUACUACUCGUCCUACAAAGGCGUGGAGAACAAACUGAAGGACGACGACUUCGAGGAAGACUCCAUAGACAUCCCGGACAACCCCCCGGCUGGCAUUUACACCAAUAUCAACGUCUUUGAGAACUACGACGCCACCAAGGCGUACAGCACGGUAGACGAGUACUUUUGGGGGAAACCUCCCUCCACCGGAGAUUUCUUCGUCAUAGUCUUUAACAAAUCAACCAAAAUUAGCAAAAUUAGGAUUGCUACUGGGUCUGAUGACCGACAAAGCGACUUCCUCCACCACGGAGCGCUGGAAGUAGGAGAGAAGUUGGUCGGGACUAAAAAAGGAAAGCAGUGCUCCUCUUACAUCACAUUAGGAGAGUUUAAAAAUGGAAACAUCGAGGUUCAAGACGUGGACCACAAGAUUGGCUUUGACAUUGAGUGCGUUCGCAUUGUGGUGACAGCCAGCCAAAAAGAAUGGCUCAUUAUCAGAAGUAUCAGUUUAUGGACUACACAACCGCCCAGCCAAUGAGAACUACACACAACCUCUCUUAGUAACCCAUACUGGCUGUUUUUAUUAUUAUGUGUUUUCUAGGUUUAAUUUAUUCAUUUUGUAUGUAUUUAUUGAUUCUUCUUGCCAAAUCAGUCUGUGUUUUUAUACUUAAACGUUGUAACCUUAGUGGACCAUCUUCAGUCAUCCUCAAGGAUUUCUGAUGGAACCUCAAUGUAUUGAAUAAUCAUAGCUUAUUGUUCCUCAUAUGGUAGUAUUUGUGUAACAACCAUACUUUUCCCAAACCUGAUUACAGGAAAGAGUCGUAGCGUAAAAGUGAGUAAUCUGGGGUUUUGUUGAGUAUUUUCUUUGUUGUACCAAAGCUUCUUAACAAUAACUUUUAUUGUCAAGCCAGACUUUGAUAAGUCUGGCUAUUUCCUCUUUAAUGGAAAGGUUGAGGUUGAGUUUGAGGAUGAGCACUGAAAAAAAACAUGUCAGACAAACAUGUCAGGUGGCGUGGCAGUAUCUCUGUCAUAGAAAAUACAGAGUCUGGCCAUCAUUUGAGCCAGAUGAUGAUCAAAAUGAGGUUCUGACACAAAUUGGCCAUUUCGUAUCUGAACAGUUUGAGAUCAAAGUCUUUCCUCCAACAUGCCUGUGUUCGCCCUUACACAGUGGGACUCGACCCAACUCUAUUGAACUCUACUGGGAGUCAGAUUUUGGUGUGCUGUUUGUGGAGCCAUCACAAGCUGGUUGUCUGACUUAUGACAAAUUCUGAUGGAGAAAUGGGAUGGGAUGGCACAACACUGAGGGACAAGGCUGGUGACGAUCAUGAAGAGAAGGUGGUGUGGUGUACAGUUCACCCAUCCACUGCAGAGGCAGCUGUUUGUUAAAUGAAUACACUCUUAAUUAACAGUGUGUCUUGUUUUUAAACUUUAAUCAUCCGUCUCAAUGAAUGCCACCAACAUAAAUGUCAAUACCAGAAUCAGUUGUUUACAAGUAUUAGGGCCAUACAAAGAAAACAUUUUUAAAUAUUUAAUUACGACAAUAGUCUUAUUACGAGAAUAAACUCAUACCAGAGUAAAGUCAUAAUAUUACAAGAACAAAAUCACACUACAGGAAUAAAGUCUACAUAAUAUAAUGAUGUCAAUAUGAGAAUAAAAUCAUAAUAUUUUGAGAAGUCAUAACAUUAUGAGAUUAAAGUUGUAAUAUUAUGACUACCUUUGUAAUAUGAUUGUUUUGCUUGUAAUACUAUAACUUUAUUUUCAUAACUUUAUAACUUCAUACUUGUGAAUUUAUUCUUGUAAUAUGACUUUAUUAAAUAUCCUAGUUUCACAAUGUUGUGACUUUAUUCUCGUAAUUUAAUGUAUCAUUUUCUUGGGGUGACCCUCCGUUGUAGUUGUCUGGCAUUGAUAGAAAUUAUUUUCUCUGAUGCAACCCACACACUCUUCCCUGCUGCUCAACACACAAAUGUCUUCUCCUUACAUUCAAAGAGAGAUAAACAGACUUUUUAAACGAUUUAUUACCAAGAUGCAUUGUUACAACAAAGAAAUUAUCAUCUAAACAAAACUUUUAUUACAGUUUUAAUUUAUUUUCCAAUACUCUUGCUAUAAUUAUAACCCACUACCAGUGAAGAUCCAACGGAAAUACAAACCAGUAAUAACCACCAAGGAAUGGGGCAAGUGAUAAAAGGAACAACCUUUUGUUAUGGAACGUGAAUGCAUCAAUGUUAGAAAAAUUAUAGAUUUUAUUCCUAAAUAAAAACAGUUCUGAACAUCAUCUUAAGCUAAUGUUGGUAAAAAAAAAAAAAAUCCAAAGCAAGACCUUAGACAUAACAUACAGAAGGAGGUACAACAAAGUUGUCUUUGGUCUCAUUGUUCUUUCUUGAGAUUGGGUCAAGAGUAGAGUCAGAUGGAAGUUUUCUUUUGCUUUGUGGCUGAAGAACAAUAUCUGGUCCACAAUGGAAGUGGAGAUGUCAAGAGGUUGGCAAGAAAAACAAAAAACAUGAACAAGUUACUUUGAACCACUGAUGCAACUGAUUUGAAAUAUUUCAAUCUGACUAACUUGCUGACUGCAGUCGAGUCCAGUCUGUGGGAGAGGCUGCCAUGUGACUGGUGCGUUAACGUAAAGUGUCUAAUACGCAACAUUAGAAAGUUGCAGCAAUUGUUCUGUGUUGGUAAUGAAGGUGUGUGUCGUGUGUGUUGGGUGGAGGUAGAUUUUUUUUCUGUGAAUUUGAACUAAGGAAUUCUGACUUCUCGGUUUAAAUGUUAGGUUAACUGCCGCUAGCGCCGCUGCGUUUCCUUUACAAAUGUGCACAAAACUUUGUUUAUAUUCCGCUAAUGUCGAAAACCCACAAUUUUGCAAUUGCUCCGUUUCUAUUAAACAGGAAACAACAAAAUCACUCAUGAAUGAGUUUGUUCACUCAAUAAGUUAUAAAACACACCACACCAUCAUCCUCGACUACUUCCUGUCGUCUUCUUUGUGGUUUACACCAACAUCUAAUUGUUGAUUUAUGUGAUGUUUGUGAAGCAAAAAGUGCUUCUAUUGCAGCCACAUAAACCAAUUUUGAUACGGCUGAUCCCUCAUUGUAGUGCAGAAAAUUUUUAUCCAAAAAGGUUUUUUUUUCAAAAUUAGCAUGUUCUCAUUAAGUAAAUUUAUAUUCUAAAUGUCAAAUUGCGCAGUUAUGGUCAAUGGAAACGCAGCUGUUGUUGUAGAGCAAGACAAUAAGGGAAAAGACCUACAGAUGACUACUGCAACUCCAAGCACCUACAGCAAAUAUAUAUGUAAAAUUUGUUAGCCUCCUCAUCGUCAUUGACAACUCACAGUUGGUUUCUUAACACAAGGUACUAGAAGUAUAAAUUGUAUUGGUGUGGAAUUGUCCACGGGAUUUGUUGGCAUUAAAAAAAUGCUCAGAUUUUCACCUCUCUAAAUCUUUAAAACACCAAAGUAAAAUGCCAAGAAGUCAUUUUUAUUGAUGAAUUGUUUUCUUGUACUCUAAAGGUUUUUGUUUUAGGAUUCACUACAACAUUAACUAAUAAGUUCAUUAAUAUAUAAUUGUGUGUAAAUCUGGCAAAGCGUAUAUAUUUUCUGUGUAAGCUAAUAUCCUUUUGAUCUGACUACAUUAAAUCUACCGGGGUAUGAAUUUUCCUGAUGGGUCUUCAGAUUCAGAAAUGUGGAUGUGAGUUGGUUAUAGUGAAACGUAGUGCAACAUAAAACAGAGCUAUAUCAUGUUAUAACAUAAACACAUUUCUUAUUGAGCCGAUAACCAGUUUGACCUGAAUUCAAACAGGCUGUUUUGUCACACAGACAUUUUUACCACUGUACUUGGACCCUAUUGGCUCAAUUAAGACAACAUUUACCAAAAAUUACCCCAAAUUAAUGUGGCAUCUUGACUCCUGCCAAACUGAAGCUCUUUAACUAUGCAUGGAUGUAGCACUUGAUGGUGUGUCAGAAUGUGAAAUGUCUCAUUUUCUAACAAGAAAACAUUGUUCAAACAAUAUUGAACUUUUUGACAUUUGCACAACAAAUUAAUAUAUCCAAUUUUAAUGUGAAUAGUCUUUGUUAUAACAUUAUAAAUGUAUAAUGUGAUAUAUUGUUAUAACAUGAUGGGUGUACUGCAAUAGCAUAAUAGUAUAUUGUAAAAAUAUGAAAAACAUUUUUUUGAAUACUGAGGUUUUCACUUUACAACAUGAUGUUGCUUUAAUUCUCUUUUGCCUUGUUGGCAGCUUUCCACUUCCGCAAAUCAAACUUUUUUUUUUUUACAUUGUAAAUUAGUUAAAAUAAUUCUGGAGGCAUUUUUUCUUUUUACUGUCCCAGUAAAAAAAUACAUUCACUGACACAAAAAGUUAAGCAACAAGUUAAGCUUGCACAUGCAGUUUUAAUUAUGUUUCCUAUUUAACUGUAACACCAAAAUUGUAUUUUUUAUAUUUUUUUACAUUAGCAGAAUAUUUACAAAAUGUUGCCCACAUUUAUAAUGGAAACACAGCUGGUCACACAUUUUGAGUAUCAACAUAGCUGGAUUUAGUUUGUUAGCAUUAGCUUCUGCUAAAUACCACAUUGGCAUAGCGUUUCACAAUUAGCUUCCACUAAAUACUGUGUUGGGAUAGAGCUUUAGCAUUAAAGGAACUAAUGCUUACGAUUAGUGCUAUAGAGGUAGAGUAGCUAACUUUUUAGUUAGCGUUGCCCACUACUGUUACACACUAACACAUUGUCUGACUCGUCCCAACAUGCAUAUUCCAUACACAUUACUGGUCUGCAUGUUAUUUUUAAGUCAGAAGUGCCAAAAUAAGCAUCCUGAGUAGGUGGGCAUUCAAAGUUAAGCAUCCACAUGAAGGGGUGAGAGUUAAUGUUAUGUAAUCUUAACACUCACUUGUUGCUUAAUGUUGCUCGUCGAUGUAUGCUUAAAUUAAUAUGUCAUCACAAUGACCAUGCAGCAGCUUUUCCUUCCCGAAUCAUUGUAUCAAACCAAACAUCUUCUGCUUUCUCACCUCCUUGGUUGAGUUCGUGACUCAGUGGGCUUGUUCACUAGAGCCGAGCGUUCAGCCAGGCCUGCUGACAGCAAAACAGAGUUUGUUUCCAGCCAUCUUCUUUAAGAGCUGAGAUUAGACCACGCAGUGAAGAAUGGGCCAGGUCUGCUGUAUCCUUCUUUUUUUUUCCUUUUCUUUUUUUGUUUUCUUCUCCGACACAGUUUUUCCUCCUCGUAAAUUGGUCUGUGUUUGCCUCGCUCCCUACACCAGCAAAACAACAUCUUCCCCUAGAGCUAUAGAGGAUCUCAAUUGGUUCUCCCCCCCCCUGUUGUUGCGCUCCCCCAACUUCCAGUGCUGCAGCUGUUCCACGGUUACUCCUGUGUGAUCUUUAUUCUCAGCUCACACAACCGGCAGCUGCUUUCGGCGGAAACUUGCUCUUUGCGAACCUGGUUGCACGGUACGCUUGAACAAAGCAAACAUUUAUUAUGCCUCUGAUAGCAUGUGCCGAUCUUCACGUUUUCCCACAGUACGACCUCUAACUAAAGCAAUUUUUACUGGUAUUUUGAAACGGAGCUCUCGUUAUGAAUCUGGACGGUCAUGUCACGCAAUUAACUGGGAACUGGCAAGUCGAUGUCAACUGAAGUGGUGACUAACACAAAGCUGACAUAGUUUCCAAAAAUGAAACCAGUCCUGUUUUGUCCACUUUAAUCAAACUAGGUUCAGAUUAAAACAUCAAAUGGUCCAGUCAAAGGCCAGAACUGAAUCCAGUUGAGAAUCUGCAAGACACUUUGAAAAUUGAUUUUCACAGAUAUUCUUCAUCCAGUCAGUCCAAUUAAAAUAUUUUGCAAAAGAAAAAUAUGCAGAAAUGUUGGUCUCUAGAUUUGGUAGGCUGACUUAAAUCUGUAUUUUUAGAAAAAUGUGGUUUUACAAAAGGUGUUGAAAUACUUUUUGAGCUUCUCACUAGUAAUACAUUUUAUUUUCCUUACAGCUGCCAUACUACUUUGUGUUCCCACUAAAACGGAUUGAAGAUAGAUGCUCUAACAUGAUCAGAUAUUCAACUCUUAAAACAGAAAGCUUGAACUCCUCAUCUCACACCGCCUGAUUUCUGAACCAUGCUGCCGAAGCCAGCGGAGCGUCUUCCGUGUUUGUGAAGCCGGAGCUCGUUCCUGAGCGUUGUUUAAUGAUGGAUUAGCUUGAACGCUGAAAUGACUCGGUGCAAUAAAGAGGCAAAUGUUUACAUGACACCAGCUUUCUUCAGGGAAACAAGUUGUCAUUAAACAAGCGAUGACGGUUUUGCGGGCCUUCGUUCCUCUGUCAUUCCACCUGUUUUCCCUCGAGGCCUCGGACCAUUUGGACUGGGAUUCUGCAAAUUCAAAUCCCAGCCUCCGUCCCCACUUCCUGCUGACAUGUGGUCUCUGAAAUGAAAUUAAAAAGUCUACCACCUCCCGUCAGAGCUUAUUGUUUUUUCCUGAAAUGUCAUUUUUCAUUUUAGUGAAGGAUUCCGUGACCUGUGCCAAUCGGACUCCUACUGCCGAGGUUGUGUUGAUCUAAACUGGGCCACCCGCAUGACAUUCUACAUGACCGCCAGUUCUUCAUUUAGCUAUUAACGCACAAGGUAACUGCAUGGCCUGUUACCGCAGGAAAGAAAGCCUCCCUGUGUCUGAGUUCAUCGGCUCUUCUGAUACUUCAGGAAGAAAUAUAGCCAUCUUGAUCUUUAUUUGAGAUAAGAUGCCAACAAAAAGUAGCUGCACGCUGCAGAUAUAUAGCCAGAUUUACAUCUUUUGGGGGGGGGGUAACAACAAAAGCUGCAUAAAUUCCUCAAGUGGAUGUCAGGAAACUGCUGUGCACAGCACUCUCUGCUAGAAAAGCUCUGUCCGUACAGAGCCUCCUGCGCGCACGAGUCAGUCGUACGUUUUAAAUGGUUCCCUCCCUGUGUGUUCGUCAGGAAGAAAAGCGCAGCGGCAGACCUCAGUGAGAUGAGGCCAGGACCUUCCGAUACGCAACCAGGUUGGUUGUGAACUCUCCGUGAAGCCGAUUGAUGUGAUGACUGGUGUCUGGUUCAGAGUUGUUCCAAACGUGAGCUGUCUUCCAAUAAAGCAUGUUCAGUGAAGCAUGGACAAAGAAAAGAACAUUUUUAUUAGCAAUUAAAAUAGCUCUCCUUUUACAUGUCAUGAUUUGGGAUUUAGCUUCAUGCUUCUGAGUUUGUACACUCUGUCAGAUCAUCAGCAUGAACGUCAGAGAAUUUGGGAUGUUUUAAAAAUGCAUUUGAAUUGUUCUUUUAUUUCUAUGUCUAUUUACAAAUUAUCACUUAAAUGAUUUUAAAAAAAUGGAAAGAAAUGGGUCCUUGAUUUGAAUUUUGAUAUGUGUUCAUUCUGAUCUAUAAACUUUGAACAUACAGGCUCAAAUAUACAUAUGAACCAAAACUAAUGGGAUUAAAUGUGUUCCAAUUAUCAGGUUUAUUGCCCUCCAGCUCCCUGCUGGAGAGCAGAAAACUAUCCUGCGAUGAUAACUACCAUUGGUUUUAGCUAGCAAACUGUCAACACAUCAUGCUAAAUCUUAAAUGUACGCAUGAUGUAUAAAAGUCAAAGGGAUGCAGUGUUUUGCUACUAAUUGUCAACAAUAUGACAACUAGAUAACAGGGUCAGGAAAAAGUUUUAUUUAGAAAAAUAUAUACUGAAGCAGUGAUUCUUAACUUCUUUUGAGGUACCGAACCCACCAGUUUCAUAUGCGCAUUCACUGAACCCUUCUGUAGUGAUAAAUAAAAAUUGAUCUCCCCCCCAAGAUUCAGUGACCCAACUAGAGUGUGAAAAUCAGCUAUUAGCUGACAUCAGUCCUGUUUGGUCAAUUAUCCAACCACAGUUAUGAUAUGAUAUUUGUUGAUGGCUUUUAAGAGUAUGUUGGCUCAAGGGACGUUCAACAAAACGUAAGUGGGGAUGUAUUUAUAUAUUUGAGCUGGUGUGCACAAUUUUCAUGAUUACAGAAAAACUAGAAUGAAUUUAGAUGUGUGCACCCAAUUCUGUUUCUUUCUAAUCAUUUUGACCACUCAGAGCGGUUUACACUAGAGCCACAUUUAUGAGCAAACACACACUCACACACCAGUACACAGCAGGAACUUGGGGUUAAGUGCCUUGCCCAGAGGCACACUGACAUGUGGAAGGUGGAAUUGAAUCUCCAGCUUUGCAAGACCAGGCCACAGUUGCUUCCUAUCCUGACUUUGCACUCCAGAAAACAUAAAAUCUCUUCUGCUGUGCUAUUAAAUAAAUAAAUAAA